AUUAACUCCAUUUCGCUUCUCUUUCUCCAAUUACUCUUUGGAAGCUUUUCUCUCUAGAAUAUUGACUAUUUGCUAACUUGGUGUUGGAGUGUUUUCUCCAAAAAAACAUCCUCGGAAAUUUUAGGUGUUGAAGCAGCCAAAGGAAUCGACAAUGUUGGAUUGUGAAGCUGCUUAAACAUUUGGCGCCGUCUGUGGGAACCUGAACAAAAAGUACUGUGACUUAACUAGCACAAGCUGAAAAUGGUGCACACCUUCACAGGAAACCAGCCCUCAAAAGGCAACGUGGACGACCAGGAUAACACCUAGCUUUUGGAAAGUGAUCUUAAUGACUUCCAACCAAUGUCGAGAAACCUUUUCGUGGGAGGAGCGGAACAAGAACAAUCAAACACUUCAGAUGAUGAACGAACAUCUAUUGGGUAUGCAACCCAACCUGAAGAACAGUUUCGUGUCCCAACAGGAGUCAGCCGAAGGCAUUCCAAGCAAAAUGUUUCGCGACCUGAGAGACCCAUGGAAGCUGCUAGGACGACCGAGUUGGAAGAACGAACCCGAGUUUUAGAAAUGGUCAUGGGAAAAAUCCUCUCUCGUUUGAUCCCGGACGACCCCUUAAUUCCUCUACUGAAUAGGGGUGAACCACCGGUAACGGCAGUUACCACCUGUCACUCCCCAACUUUAAGUAAUGUAGUGAUUCCAACCAAGCCAAGGGGAAGUGGAAGGCUAAAUACGGAGCCUAGUUCGUCUAAACACAGUGACGAAUUAAUGAAGAAAAACGUAGAACUUGAGAAACAGUUAAAAGACCUACAAAGAUCUGUGGAUGAACUAAAGUGUCCAAGAAGAUGGUGCCUCAAGCUCCCCAAGCAUUCUGUAACUUCUUACCCUCAGCUCGCCAUGCUGUUCUCUAACAAAUUUGCAAGCCAGAGGGAAAUUAAACGUACUGCUACUGAAUUAAUGCAAGUUCAUCAGAGGGAAGGAGAGUCUUUGAGAGACUAUAUGCAAAGGUUCAACAAAGCCACCUUGGACAUUGAUAACUUCUCUGAUACCAUCUGUUUAUCAGCCCCAUUGCACGGCUUGAAACCUGGGAAGGAGCCGGAUAUUGUGAUGCCUUAUGCAUACCCCUUUGUGGCAACAGUGCACAUAGGCAAUCACAAUGUCAACAAAGUCUUCAUUGAUAAAGGUACGGAACCGAGGUUUAGGAUGGCGUCCGUUAGCUUCUUGGUGGUUAAGAUGGAAGCAGCAUACAAUGCCAUAAUUGGGAGAGCUACACUUUGCGAGCUCAAAGUUGUCAUUUCCCAGCCACACCUCUACAUGAAAUUCCCAACCCCUCAGGGAAUAUGGGUGCUAAAAGGAAACCAAAAAAUGGCUAGAGCAUGCUACCAAGACACUUUCAAGAAAGUUGAACCCGCUGCAAUGCCAAAAACUCCUUUAGUUACUAGACCGAACCAACCGGGUUUGCAGGCAAUGAGCAUCUCUGACAUAGACUACCGUCUAGAGAAUGUUGAACAAAAAGCUGAACUAGUUAAGCCAGUAGAAAUCGUUGCAUUAGACUCCGAUAAUCUAGAGAAGAUGGUGAAAAUUGGAACUAAGCUCACAGAGAAAGAGAGAAUAGAGCUCCUACAGUUCCUAAAAGCCAACCAAGAUGUCUUUGCGUGGACAAUAGACGAAAUGCCGAGAAUUCCAGCAGAAUUCGUAGUCCAUAAGCUUAUUCCUGGGUAUGUGAUGCCCAAGAAAGGAAUUGAGGUCAACUCGGAUAAGGUUGUGGCUGUGCAACAGAUGGAGCCUCCUAAGACAGUGAAAGAGGUGCAACGUCUGACAGGUCGUCUUGUCGCCCUGCACAGUUUCAUAGCCAGGUCGGCAGAAAAGUGCCUCCCAUUCUUCAAAGCUUUGCGAGAGCCAAAUAGCUUCCAGUGGACGAGUGAAUGCCAAUAGGCUUUCGAUGAGUUUAAGCAAUACUUGGCAUCAACACCUUUGCUCUCCAAGCUUGUUGAAGGAGAAAGGUUGUACUUAUAUCUAGGUAUAGCAGAUGAGGCAGUCAAUUUAGUUCUUUU